ACUAGAAACUAUGAUUUACAAUUAAUUUGCAAUGCUUAAUUUUCAAAGUUGUAAUAGAAAAAGUUAAGGAAAUAUAUACAGACGAUUUGUGAUGCCUACAAAUACGAUUUUAUUCACGCAGUUUAUAAUAGUCGCAGCAACGAUACUAUCAGAGUGCAAUGGAUUGAGAUGUUGGCAUUGUGAAAAUGAAAACAAUAAUUGGGAUUGUAUGUUGAAUGGGAAGCUACAACAAUGCCAACCGAGCCAGCUUGAAUGCCAAAACGAAAUUAGAUCUAUUGCCAAUGAUAGAUAUUUCAAAAUAACCAAGAGAUGUAAACAAGAUAUCGGAUGCGACAACAAUCGAAAACAGAAUGAGCUUCUCACGAAUUCCUAUCGAUGUGAAAAACGUGAUACAGUUGACGUGUGUUGGUGCUGUUGCACUGGAGAUAAUUGUAAUGGACAUGAAGUUUAUUGUAAAAAAAUUAAUCCCAGGUGUAAGUCGAUAAUCGCGCCCUUGAAUGGUAUUGUUAGAUGUCAAAGAAACGAUACCUCUUUAGGUACAAAUUGUGUCUAUAGAUGUCUUCCAGGUUACGAUAUGGUUGGAACAUCUAGAACAACAUGCGUCCGAACAAGGUUUACUGCAACAUGGUCAUCCUCUCCUCCGACCUGUGAACCCGUUAUUUGUAAUUCAAUACCCAAUCCACCAAAACAUGGAUCCGUAUUUUGCUCAAAGGGAAAUUCUGUGUACAGUAUUUGUGAAUUUACAUGCAGUCGAGAUUUGGUUUUGAUCGGAGAUAGGACAACAGUUUGUAGUCAUCUUGGCACAUGGUCAAAUUCCGUUCCAGAAUGUGUCAAAGUUAUAUGUCGUUUCCCUGAAAGUGAGGAUGAAAUUUUGAAAAUGGAAUGUUCUAAUGGAAACAAUUUGGGAAGUUAUUGCAGGUUUACCUGUGCAGCUGACUUUGAAGUUUAUGGUUUUGAUGAAAUAACUUGUGGAGAACCAAUAAAAAAUAUUUAUGGACGGUGGACAAAAGAAUUUCCAGUUUGUGUUCGGCGUAGCUGUGAAGAACCUGGGGAAUUCGCAGCAAUGAAUAAAACUUGUACUGAUGGAAACAACAUUGGUAGUGUUUGCACAUAUUUCUGUGAUGAGGGAAAUUACAUGACGUCAAACGAUGAUCCAUCUAAUGUUAUCUAUAGCGGCGUGGCAAUAAUAACUUGUAACCUUGAGUCCGGAUGGUCUGGUAUUCCACCGGUAUGUCGGCCGAUCGCUUGUCCAAGACUAAACCGGACAUUCAGCAACGGCGGGCGAACUUGCACCCAAGGUGAUAAGUUCCUAUCUGAAUGCAGUUACACUUGUGUCCAAGGAUAUCGUUUAUCUGCGCCGAACUCAAUUACUUGUGAACAAAGUACAAUUACUAAGAAAGGCGAGUGGAGUAAUGCUGAACCUCAAUGUGUGACAGUGUACCAAUGUGACUCAGUAAAUUUUGAGUCUGAAAAUAAGGAAUGUACUGACAGAAAUAAUGAAGGAAGCAUUUGUACUUACUCAUGUGAAGAAGGCGAGAUUAUGACGUCAUCAGAAGAUGCCGGCGUUGUUGAAAGUGGCAUCGCAUUGUUGACCUGUGUUAGAGGAAUCGGAUGGUCCAAUAAACCUCCGGUGUGUCGACCAAUUAUGUGUCCUCCAUUGCUCCAAUCAUUUAAAAAUGGAAAUCGAAUCUGCACUCGUGACGUUAUGUAUGGGUCAGAAUGCAUCUACACAUGCAAUCCAACUUAUCGGUUAACUGACAGUCGAUCCGUAACAUGUGUGAAAAGCUCAAUACCAGGACAAGGGAUGUGGAGCGUCAAUGAACCACAAUGUGUAGGUGGGUCUGAAUUCGGUGCCUCUACCUGCUUGAAUUAUAAUUCUGUCGCUAAUGGUGAAGUCAGGUGCGAACCAAUGUCAUCAACCAACGGGACUCAUUGGUUGGAAGGAAGUGCAUGCAGAUUAUUUUGUGCGGGAUCAUUCGUUACACCCAUCGGCGAAUUCUCUAAAAUCCAAUGUGGCGGAGGAAUAUGGAUAGGGAAAUUGUGCUGCGAUGUAUGCUUAUCUACUCGAAGACUUGACAUUAUUGUAUUGAUGGAUUCUUCCUACGUGGAUUACGAGUUGUGGGAAGUUUCUAAAACAUUCAAUGCAGAUUUUGCCUUGUAUCUUGCAGAGAACUAUAAACUUGAACUAAACUUUAUUGUAGUACCAUAUGCUACGUCCGUAGAUAAUCGAAGUAUGGUCAAAGCCUCUAACAUUAAUUUUGAUAACUAUCAAAUACUGGAAGAUUUGGUGGAUAGUAUACCAUUUGCUGGCCGUGGAGAUUCAAAUACUGGAAAAGCUCUUCAAUUUGUAAACGAUGUGUUAAUUGGUAACUUGGAAGUGGGAAGUGUUCCUUUGAUAGUUAUCCUGUCCAAUAAACAACCGGUAGACAGUAAACUAGCACUCACUGAAUCCAAACGAAUAAGAGACAAGAGAGGACAUAUUCGCAUCGUGCCAUUCACUGAUUUCUACACUGCAUACCCAGGAAAAAACAAGGCAGCAUUUGAGGCAAUAACCGGGGGUGAAGAAAACUCAAUUGUCGACAGCGAGUCCGUGGAAAACUUUUAUGAAGUUGCCACAAGAGGAAUAAAAACAUAUGAUACGUAUUGUGACAUUCGUACUCCUACUUGUUAAUACUUGAGCAUGUUUAUCAUCAUAACGCACGAAAUUCGAAGACUCUAAAUCGAAAUAAUUUCAACUAAUAGAUAGUUUUUGAUUUCAGUAUUUAUGAAACCACAUAUUCAUAUAAAAUACCUAAGUACUUUUUUUCAAACAAUACUGCCAAGUAGGUACUCACUAUGUCCAAUAAUGUUCCAAUUUUGUCGCGCUGAUUUCCAAUAUUUUGUAGUUCGAAAAAAUUGGAAACUCGCUGUUUUAAAGAUUGGUAAAAAUGGAGUUCGAUCCAUAUAUCGUUUUAGAUUUUACGUGUUGUUUGCAACGAAAGUCUAUCGUUGGUUCCAUAGUUAUAGCACGCGCAUGAAAAUGUGUUUUUUUGUAAAUUGACUUAAAGAAUAAAAUUUUGCUCUAUCAAAUAAAUUUUUAAAAAUGUCAUGCAUUAAACACUUUUCUCAUUUUUUCGAAAAUAAUAUGGAGAGUUUGCGGAACAUAAUGUUUAAAAAUCGU